CCACCAGUUGUAUUAAGCGCACUGCUCUGACCCCAGUGACGCCACAAGGCACAUAAACGUGUGAUUAUUAUUUAUUUAGUUUUAGUCUAGAUAUAUUGAGAAAAUCAGAUUAAAGGGAUUAUAUUUAAUUCAUCAAAAUGACGACGCCGGGUGAUUUAAGGAAAUGAAGCCUCAUCUGUAUCUAUCACCAUGGUUACCUAGAAUAAUGUUACUACAUCUUUGUACCCUCCUAACUGUCCAGGCCGUGGUUCCAGGUUUAACUAGUACGCCAAAAACUAUCAACGAGCCCUUAUUGGAUGUACCUAAACCAUCGUGUUCUGGCGUUCCAAGUGAUUUCUGUAAGAAUAACGGCACGUGUCGGGAACCACGUGAUGAUGAAUUGUGGGAAUGUAGCGGGGACGCUGGAAUAGGUCCUUUAAAAUGUGACUGUCCCACUGGAUUCACAGGUAGCAGAUGCGAAACGAAGUUGUCCUGUGUUGAUCUCUCGUGUAAAAAGGGUGAAAUAUGUGAUUUUAAUUGGAGUAAACAGCAACUGGAAUGUAUACCCUUAAAUACAUCUGGUCAGUUACCGACAUGUAAACCGGGAAUACAUGAUAUAGAGUUUAAAUAUGACAAAGUUAAUAUCCAGAAAUCUAUCGUAUGUUUCCCCAUGUACGAAUUUGAUUCAUCAUCCCUAUGUUCCGAUCCAGAUGAUUCUCUGACGUAUCUACUCGCCCAGGGCCCACCAGAGUUACCGGACCUGUUCUGUCUUGUUGUGGAUUAUCAGUAUUAUCGAACUUGUCUCCGAGUCAACGCCACCCAUCGUGAUAGAAUAACCAUGACAGACGCUAGGGUAGAUGUGUUUGCAGAAGAAUAUUCAGUAUUAGAGAGAAAAGCCCGUUUACAGUUAAAUAUCAUCUUCAACAAACCACCGGUUGUCAGCAAACCUAUCGUCAGCUGGAUUGUUAACUCAGCAGAGUUACGCCCCUUUGAUGUCAUAAGCGAAGCAGGUGUCACGAGCUCAUUUGAUCUGACACCUGGAGAAGUUUAUACAAUAGGUUCGACAGCAUUGGUGCCAUUUAUCAAUCCCACCGGGCAGUUGGAACUUACCCCACAGACGACCAUCUUGGAUUUAAAACGACUACAGGUUAUAGUUCAGGUAACUGAUGACGGAAUACCAAGUUUAUCGUCCAAUGUAACGGUACAGGUUACUGUAGCAACAUUGAGCUGUCAAACACAGGGGCAAAUAACGGUAGAUAUCCGAGAUUUAAACAGUUUGACGUCAUCAACGCCAGCUAUUACUAUUGGUCAGAUAGAUUGCACGUCAUCAACGGGAUAUCAGCUGGAUUACACACUGCUCAACAAUCCGUUUUUAGGUUUGACAGUAAGUUUAUUAGAAGGAGGUAUACAACUAUCACGAAAUGGUGACACCUCUAUCAAUAGUCAAACACAAUCCGUAGAUGCUACUAUUUCUAUGCAACGUUUUCCACGUGUUACUUCUGAUGUCACAUUCACUAUUCAAAUUGGUUAUCUCUCAUUGGUUUGGUUUAAACUGACCAAUAUUACCUGGAACAAGGAAUAUACCAACACAAGCAGCAACAGUUAUAUAACUUUAAAACAAAGGGUCGAAACGGAGAUUGUCAAGCUUAUCAACAAUACUCGAGUGGAGGUUCGUGUCAUUCAGUUCCGACCUGAUUUUUGGGUUGAUGUUGUAGUUGAAUCAAUUAAUGAAACACUGUUGAAUCAGAAGAGUAAAAUGGUGGUUGAUGAAGCUAAAACUGGUUUGAUAGGAACCCUGAAAAUAAACAAGACAGCUGUAUAUAACGCAACCGGAAGCAGUCAUCUAUUUAAACCGGCAGUGGAUUUUGUUACGAACUUUACCACUAGCAUCUACUUCCUGGAAGAGACACGAGUAGUGGUUGUAUGUUCCGUAGAUUAUAUCAACCCUACUGGCGGUGUUGACGUCGAUUGGACGCUAGAUGGCGCUAAGGUUCGACCCCUGAGCACCUCUCGAUUCCAGGUAUCUACCCAACAGAUGUUACCAUGGAGAAUUAGAAGCACUUUAACAAUUAGCAACGUGAAGAGAAUAGAUACAGGUGAACUAUCAUGUCGUGCACGUGAUGUAGCGGGUCGGAUCGCUCACACAGAAACACGAUUAGAAGUUUUAUCUCCCCCUGUGGUUCGGAUUGUACCCAAUACACCCGCUAUAUUUGUUCAGACGGGCACAGAGAUAACGUUAACAUGCGACGUCGCAACUCCAGGCGUUAAAACGUCUUUUACCUGGCAGAGUAGUGCAGAAAAAAAGGUCACAGCAGGUCAAAACAUUACACUAACAAUCAGCCAGGAUACCAGUUUAACUUGUAAUGGUACCAACGAAGCGGGUCAAGGUCAACCAAAGACAACCAAGAUCCUCGUUAUACCAGGUGAAGUCACAUGUCCAACAGAGUCUGAUUCUAGAAAUACUCCAUGGUUACAAACAACACCCGGUUUUACAGCUGAACACCCAUGUCCUACUGGAUAUACAGGAAUAGCGUCACGUGUCUGUGAUUCUGAAGGAAAGUGGGAAGAACCUAAUUAUGAUUCGUGUAUUCAAGAUAAAGUCGUGGAAAUACAAAACACGAUAGCCAAAUUAGAGGCAGGAGUAUUUGUAGCCGAACCGGAAGAGCUGGUUGCUAACUUAACAGACAUUGCAGAGCGCCCUCUCGAAAGGAAUGAGAUAAUCACUAUGACACGCGCAAUAUCCGCGCUAACAACAAUUAAAUCAAAUAUUAACUCUACAAGACGACAAGAAAACACGAAACAGUUCGCUAUGCAAUCACUUAAUUUGGUUGGUAAUCUGGUUGAUUCAAAACAUAAUCUUACAGGUGUAGAUUCAGAGAAUACUAGCGUAUCUCUUUUGUUGCUUGAUACCAUGGAUCAAGUUAGUUCUUUGUGGGGGAAUACAUUACCAGAAGGAUCAUCAGGAACCAUUACAGCCAAGAAUAUAGUUUGCACAGUGGGCAAAACUGACCCGUUUAACAUAAGUGAUGUCAUAUAUCCUGCUAACCAGUCAUCACCUGGUGCCUCGGCACAAUUACCAAGUUCUAUCUUCAGAUCAGAAUCAGAAUUUGAACCUAUUGUUUUUUCAUUGAUUACAUAUAACAAUUUGUCCAGUCUACCUGUAACAGUAAAUAGUAAUUUAACCAGAAAUGAUACAGGAAGUAAGAGAACCUUUGAGAUUAAUUCCGAUGUUUUAACUAUCAGCAUUUUUCCUGGCGCUGCUGACUUCGAUUCUAGCAAGUUGAAGUCUGACGUCAUCUUUACCUUCUCUCAUAUCAAUACAUCGUUGAGCAACGCUACCUGUUCCUAUUGGGAUAUUCAAGACAUGAGUUGGAAUAAUGACGGCUGUGUUGUAAUAUCCACCAAUGACACGUCGACAACCUGUUCCUGUAAUCAUCUCACUAACUUUGCUCUUUUGAUGAAACCAACAUCACCGAAUACUAAUGGGGGUGAUAGAUCAACACUAUCAACGAUAACUCUGAUAGGGUGUACUAUAUCUAUAUUCUGUCUGCUGUUGACAGUUUUAACCUACGCUUUUGUCUGGAGGUACGUGAAGUCAGAUAGAGCUAUAGCUUUAGUAAAUCUUUGUAUAGCUUUAAUAGUAAUAUUUUUGUUUAUAUUUGUAGGCUGUGUGUAA